AUGAAUUUGGAAUCAUUACCAAAUGAAAUUCUGCUCAUAUGUUUCGAAUAUGUCAAUACUAUUGAUCUUUUCUUGACAUUCGAUCAACUUAACUUUCGAUUUCGUCAACUCAUCCGAACAGUUCGACUGAGUCUCGACUUGAACUAUGUUCACAAAUAUCGAUUCCAUCGAUUUUGUCAGACGAUGUUGGAAAUUCCUGAAAUCAAAUCACAAAUUCAUUCGCUACACCUAUCCAAUCAAAGCAGCCCUGGCGAAAUUCACGCAUUCUUAUCCUUAUUUUCACUCAAACAAUUCCCAAAUCUGCAUUCACUAUCAUUAACUUCCGUUCGCAGACACGAUUUCCAAUAUCUUCAAUCCAUGCUACCAUCACUAUCAAAAUUGACUUCGUUUCGACGAACAAAUCCUUCGUAG